GGCACAGAAGCGAGCGAGUAGUAACUUUUUCAUCUCCGUUGUUCCAUGCUUCCUCCCCUUCCAACUAAAAAUGGACUGUUCCAGACCUGUUUUCGUUCUGCUUCUACAACCGAGCUAACCAAGAUGUCGGCAAUGCUAUAGCCAACUACGAUAUUAUAGAAAUUCUACUUUGACUGUGAAAAAUCCCCUAACAAAAACGGAAAGUUUAUGGUUUAGAACGGGAAAUUUGACAUAUUGUGGAAUAUGGUGAAUUUGUGUUUGUGUGGUUGCCGUACGACGUGUGUGAGUUGAAAGCAGCAAAAUAACCACGUUCCACGACUGAAAACACGUUCAACACGCGAAAAAUCUGUGAUAUUCGUGAAUUUAUGGUGUGCUAGUUUUAGUUCUUAAACGUUGCACGAUUUUUUUGCCCCAUCUCGCUUUUCGGAAAAAUGUUUUUGGCAUUUCCCUGAAGACGGUUUCCCAUCAGUGUUUUCGUGCUGUUUUGAUAUUGCGAAACGGGGUAAAAGUGGCCGUUUUACGUUUUACAGUUUAGGAAAUGAAAGGCGAAUGAUUGGAAAAGUGCGUAAAUGUCUAUGCUAUGGAAAUACACUCAAUGAGAAUUGAACAUGCAGUUCAAAAUAAUGCUAUGUCAUACGCUCAAAGACAGCAGCAAAAUCACAGGCCGAGUAACCAUGCACAGAACGCGGCCGACAUCUACAAACCGUCCAGGUCGCCGGUUUCGACGGCCGGCCGCUACCCCUAUCCCACCACGUCGCAGCUCCACCAGACGACCCCGGGCCUGGCCCAGCGGUAUCAGCAGACGGGGACGGCCACCGCCGCCUACAGCGGGCCGGCGGCCUACCACCGGGACUACCGACAGCCACGCAUAUCGCUGCUGCACCCCGAAUACGGCAGGGGCAGGCAGGACGGGGCCAUGCUGCCCGGCGGUCAGGCGGGCCAGAUCAGCGUGGUGCACCUGGACGACGGCAUGGGAAACCAGCAGCAGCUGCAGCCGCUGAAGAAGAUCAGGCUGCAGGACCACAAGGACAACGUGCAACCAUUGAGAAUCGACACGAGGGAGCAACCUGGAACGUACAACCCUCAGGUGGAAGCUAUAUCUCCCACGCUUCCAGAGAGCAUACAGGAGGACCAGCCCCACAAGCCCACCAAGGACGACAUAAUCGUCAAGAUAGCCAAGACCGACAGGGAGAUAGCCAGGGCCGAAUCUCAGAUAUCGAUACUGAAGAAGAAACAGCAGGAGCUGGAAGAGCUGGCGCUCAAGCCCCAGGUCAAGGGGGAGGUGGAGGAGGACACGCAGCCGCGACACAACAGCCUGCCGCAGAAGAUAUACGCGGAGAACAGGAAGAGGGCGGCCAGCGCGCACGCGCAGCUCGACAGCCUCGGUCCCAAGGUCGAAUGGCCACUUUACAACCAGCCGACCGACUCGACCGUGUACCACGAGAACAAGCGGAAAAACAAGCUGUUCAAACGGCGACUCCUGGAGUACUUCAAGAAGAGGCACGCCGAGAAGGAGACGAGGAACGCGUUCCUCACCGAAACCUACAGUAAACUGAUGCAGGAAUGGAUCAGGAAGGUGGACAAGAUCGAAUCGAGCACCAAGAGGAAGGCGAAGGAGGCUAAGAACAGGGAGUUCUUCGAGAAGGUGUUCCCGGAGCUGAGGAAACAGAGGGAGGAUAAGGAAAGGUUCAAUAGGGUCGGUGCCAGGGUCAAAUCGGAGGCCGACAUGGAGGAGAUAAUGGAUAACCUCCAAGAACAGGCGAUGGAGGAUAAGAAGAUGCGCAGCUAUGCCGUUAUACCCCCGAUCUUGCUGGACAAACGGGAGAAGGAGAUACAGUACAAGAACAAUAACGGAUACGUGGAAGACAUGGAGACCAUGUACAAAAACAGGCAGUAUAUAAACAUGUGGACGCCGCAGGAGAAGGAGAUCUUCAAGGAAAAGUACCUGCAACACCCGAAGAAUUUCGUUGUGAUAUCGAGCUAUUUAGAUAGGAAAUCCGUGGCCGACUGCGUACACUAUUAUUACACUAGUAAAAAGACGGAGAAUUACAAACAGCUAUUGAGGAAGUCGAGACAGAGAACGAGGGCUUCGAAGAAUACCCAUAAAGUCAAUAAUGCUGCCAAUUCUUCGGUCGUAGAUAUUUUGACGACUGGAGUAACGACGAGGCUUCAGCGGGAGCAGCAGCAGAAAACCGUCGUGCGCGAGGCGACCCAAAACCAGGACGUCGCGUCCACGUCGACCGCCACCUCCCAUCCCUACUCCCAAUCGUCGACGACCGUUUCCACGUCGCCCGCGUCCUCCCAGACCGCGACGACGACGUCGACCGCGGUCACCUCGUCGGCGACGGCGUCCAACGCCUCCAGCCCCCCUAGUUCGUCGGCCACCGCCGUCAUAUCCUGUUCAACGCCGUCCACGACCUCGGCGUCGUCCGCCGCGGCGACGUCGUCGACCACGACCAGCGCGUCUACGACGACGGCGACGACGACCGUCAAGCAGGAACCGUCGGCGUCGCCCCAUGCCGCGUCGUCGGCCGGGCCCCCGGAGAAAUUCACCGACUUCAACUCGUUCGAGGAGUACAACAAUCAGAUGAACAGCAAGGGCGCGACUGCGCAGCCGGUCGCCGGCCAGUAUUACGGAGACGAGGCGGCCGGUAAGGGCGACGCGCCGCCGCUGGCCGACGUAAAGAUGGAGGUGAAGGUGGAGAACGAGUCUGCGCCGGAGGCUGUGAGCGAUCAAAACGCCAACGCCGUGAUGGAAAACAAAAAGAAGAAAGAGAGGAGAAAAGACAAGGACACGGACGCGAUGGAAACGAGCGAAGACGAUUCGCUCGAAGUACCAGAGAAAACCAUCCAAGGGAUGUGCAUCGUCUGCAACGCCCAGCUGGGCACCCACCUACAUUCCCGCCCCCUUCCGCCCAGCCAGGCGUCCCAGUACGGCCUCAGGGAAGAUCAGGUCCCGCAGAACGCAAGGGUGUGCAACACGUGCCGUUGCAAGGUGGUACGCUCCCGUUACACCCACUGCCCCCUGCCCAACUGCCCGAACCCGAGGGGCAGGGUGAAGAGGCUCAGGAGCUUCCCGCAGCGGCUCCAAGACCUGCCGCAGGAUCUCAAGGACGCCCUGCUGGCCGAGUUCAACAUACCGAGCGGCGUCACCAAGUGCUGCUCGGCCUGCUUCAACCGCAUCCAGAGACGCCUGGGCCCGGUCGAGGAGUGGCCCGAGGAGGAGAUCAACAGGCUGAAGGCCGCGCUCACGGAUCUGGGCGCCAAUUGGCAGGCGCUCGGCGAGAAGCUCGGCAAGACGCCGAACCAGAUCAGGGGUUUCUACUCGAUGAACAGGAAGCGGCUGAACCUGGAGAGCUGCCUGGGCGAUCGCAAGCCCACGCUUACGGACGAGGAGGAGAGCGGCAGUUCGACGUCGAGCUGCGAGGAUCAGCCGGUGACGACGCUGCGAUCGACGGCGGUCGCGGAACGCGAGCGGCAUUCGAGCGACACGGCGAGCGCGGCCGAGAGCCCGCCGGCCAUGGCCGGCUCGUCGCAGGUGCCGAUCAAGAAGGAGGAUUACGACUCGAGCGCGACCGAGACCGCGGACGAGGCGCAGACGCCCGACCACUACCAGGGCAGCGCGACCAUAACGCCCGUGGUCGCGGACGGCCAGCCGCGGCAGAACGCGUCGCCGCUGAGCGUCAAGGACCUCGUUCUGAACGUUAUCGAGUUCUCGCUGAUGAAGAACCCCGGCAAUCAGCAGCAGGGCCAGAACCCGCCCACCAGCAGCGGCAUCACGCCCACCAUCUCGAGCAUCCUGGAGCAGGAUCUGAACGACGUGACGAUCGUUAGCGAGUACAGCCUGAACAGCCAGCAACAGCAGCAGUCGGUCGUGCAGCAACAGCGACAGGUCCGUAACGACAUGAACAUAGCGAAACUGGUGACGCCCCUGAUUGGCGCGACGAUAACGCCCGUAACCGGUCCCAUACCGCAGCAACAGCCGCAGCAGGAACAGGUUCCGACCGGUAGGAGCGACCUGGUCGUCCUCCAGGUACCCGACACCAACAGGGAACCGGAGACGUUGGAUCUUAGCAUCAAGAAACCGAGGGAGUUCCAUCAACCGCCCACAUUACACAAGCAGGCGACGCCUCAAGCGAUGCACCGUCAGGAUCCGUCGACCCAACAACAGUACAUCUAUCAUCAGGAGAGGAAGAGUCCGGCGUACGUCAGAUCCGCCAAGCAGGGUAGUCCGAAACUGGGCAACCCGAACCCGAAGGCCGGUUCCAUAACGCUCGGAACGCCCAUCAUCACGCAGACGCGCUACGACGGUCUUCUUAGACAGAUGCCGCCCGACCCGAAGAUGGGCAGCAUUACGCAGGGUACCCCGAUACACAUACCGCACAUGCCGGGCGACAAGAGGGUCUACGAGAUCUACAAGAAGAUCGGGGGCGGUCCGCAACCGCCCCCGCAGCAGCAGCAGCAACAGCCGCCCCAGCCGGCCCAGGGAUUCCCCGGCCAGUACCGCCAUCAGCCGUACAACGUGGAGCAGCAGCUGAGCUCCAGGCAGAUCAUCAACGAUUAUAUCACGUCGCAGCAGAUGCUCGGCAGGAGGAACGAGAAGGCGCAAUACUAUCAGCCGGGCGGCAUGCACAGGACGCCGCCCCCGCCGCCGCCGCCUCAGAAUCAGCAGCAGAGACAGGGCGUCAUCCAGAGGCACACCAGGCCGCCCUAUCUGCCGCCUGGCCACGAGGCUCUGUCGUCGUUGGUGGACGUUGCCGUUCAGCAGCCAAGCCUGCCGGUACCUGUCACGCCGCCCCAUGAGGGGUUAGGAAAAACGAUGGCGGACAACAUGAGAGAUCAGCCGCACCGUUUCCAGAUCAUCCAACACCAACAGAACGUGAGACAGCAACAGCAACGCCUCGACGAACAACGUAGGGCUUACCACCAGCAGCAGGUCCAACAGCAGCAGCAACAACAACAUCAGCAGCAGCAGCAACAACAGCAACAGCAGCAGAUCCAACAGCCCAGGCAGCAGGUGCAGAGGAGCGACUCGUCCACCCUGACCGCCGCCAGCCUGAUCGACGCCAUAAUCACGCACCAGAUAAACCAGACGGCCGAGGGCGGCAGGGAGGUGAUGCAGAACUCGAGGGAACCGCCCAGGGCGGGCGACAUCCUGUUCCAGAGCUUCCACAGGAACCCGCCGCCGCCCCAGGUCCAGGACGCGAUGGACAACCGUCCGCCGUCGGUGAUAAACGUCGAGAUGGACUCGGACAGUAUCACGAAGAACAUGACGGUCAAGGAGCUGACCGACUCGGUGAUCAGCCACGAUUACGGCGCCCGCCAGCCGCCGCCCGGCUCCUACUACCACAUGUCGCAGGAGUCGGUCAACGAACAGUGGAAGAGGCGGCUGCAGCAGCAGCAGAAGGAGAACGAGAAGAGAUCCGCGACGCCGCAGCAGCAGCAGCAACACGACGAACGUCAGAUAAUAAGGAUCGCGCAGCCGCAGCAGAAGUACCACGUGGAACCGGUGUCGCCGCCCGAGAACAACCACUGGACGGAGCAGAGCUACAGGAGGUUCCAGCAGCAGCCGCAGAGCCACAUGUCGCCGCUGGACUACGUCAAGAACAGGAUCGUGGAGGUGAUGCGCACCGAGGACGACAAGAAGGAGAACCAGGAGAAUCACCAGACGGAGAAGAGGAGCGAGUCGCCCGGCGACAUGGUGAUCGACGAGGAGAAGAACGAGGAGGAGUACCACCAGACGGCUCAGCAUCAGCAACAGCAGCAGCAACAACAGAGUGCUUAUUCGACGUAUCCGUUUGUCCACAAAGACAUGUCGGUGAACGAUUCCGGCAGACGGAGCAAUGAACCCAAACCCUUACUAUCCGCUCAGUACGAGCCGCUUUCAGAUGAAGAUUGAACGUUUCAGGUGAAAGGAGAAAAUAGGUAAAGUUAAGUUACACUGUGUACGGUGUUGAUUUUUCACUUUUUUCGGUUCUACACGAAGACUGUCCCUUGAUUUCAGCCUAAUUAAUUGUAAAUAUACGAAUAAGUGAUAUGAAUUAUUGGUAAGUGAAGUUCAUCUAUCAAUCGGUAACUUCCAAAUCGCUUUCCAAUUCUGUCCCCAUCAGAUUUCAAUUUCGCAUAUAGAGCCUCGAAAUUGGACAAUCUGAGGGCUAACCUCGACAUUCCAGCGUUUAAAAGGGUUGGUCGACGAAUCCGGAAAGCGAUUUGGUCGGUUCGAGUAAAUUGGUCGUCCACCUAACGUUUGAUUGUAGGUUUCAUCAAAUGAAUAUUGUAGAUAGAGAUUUUACGAGAUAACCGAUAAAUUUGUACAUAAGUGUAACAUUGAGGAGGCGUAGCGAAGUAAGCUUUAUCCAGUGUUUCGAUUCGAGAGCCUCAAUUGUGGUGGAGGCGAUUCUUGAGUUGUUCGGAAAUUGCAUUUUUCGAUUUGAUUAUUAGUUUUCAUCGACACUUCUUUAUCAACUGAAUGAAAAGUAAUUGAUGGUAGUUUGGUUGUAGCAUUACCACGAAGUUGUUUUCCCAAACGAAUUUUGGAAGGUUUGUUCUCUUGCAAUUUUACUUUGUUUCGUUUUGUAUAUUUUUAUAACUCAACAGAUAUAUAUCUUCGUCAGUUUGUUUGAUAAAGGAGUGAAUUUUCAUUUUGUGCAUAUAUGUAUGUUAGUUGAUAAAUAUUCACUUGGAGUUGUAAAUAAAUUACUUAUAAAUAAAGAGUACAGCAUGGUAAGAUUUGUAUAUAUUUGUGAUUUUUUAUUUUCUGUUCAUAAUAUAUAAGUCAAGGCUUUUGCGUCUACUAAAUACGCCCAGGUCGGGCGUAUCGAGACGAACUGAUAAUUUUUCUACACUAUGACAUGAAAAUGCUUCCAGAUGAUGUAUGUAUACACUGUCAAUUUUUUUAGUUUGUAACUUUCAGAUGACUUGUUAUUUUGUUGAAAUAAAUGAAUAUCAGUUGG